AUGCCGAAAUUACGCUCUUGGGCUUCCCUGCUUCUCAAUGUGCUCCUAGCCAGCGCAGCGGGCAUCCCUUCGAGCCGCUAUAGGAAUUGCCAGAGAUCGCGCAAAGCGUGCCCUGAAGGCACUCUCGUUGUCUCUGCAUCCGACCCUAAGGCUGACUUUUCAACCGUCCAAGCCGCAGUUGAGUCCCUGCCGCACGAUAACAGCAGCCAGACGAUCCUGAUCCUAGCAGGGACAUAUACGGAACAAGUCAAUGUCACCCGUCCCGGCCCAGUCACGCUGCUCGGCCAAACAGACCAUGUCACCGACGCCUCCAAGAACCAGGUGACAAUCAACUGGGCACAAGCCAACCAUGACAGCACGGGCCAGAGUGUUGACAAUGUUUUCGGAAGCGUUUUGACUGUCGCACCUACUCUGAACGCGAGUUACACUGGCUCUGGUCCCACGGGAUUCCCUGUACCUGAGGAUACUCCCUUUGGCUCAGUCGACUUUCGUGCGUACAACAUUGAUUUUACCAACACCUGGGCGGACUAUUCAGACGGCCCGGCACAUGCACUCAGCUUCAGCAGGGCUAAUGGCGGGUUCUACUAUUGCGGGUUCUAUUCCUACCAGGAUACUGUCUACGUAGGCAAACUCGGCAACGCAUACUUUCACAGGAGCAUAAUAGCCGGCCAAACUGACUUCAUCUACGGGUUCGGCACAGCUUGGAUUCAAUCGUCUGAUAUCCUCCUCCGCAACUGCGGCGGCGGCAUCACAGCCUGGAAGGGUACCAACACGACCUUCGAGAACAAAUACGGCGUCUACAUCGUCGACUCAUCCGUGCAAGCUGCCAAUGCCUCAAUUGCCCCGGAAAUCGUCGGUGCUUGCCCCCUCGGCAGGCCUUGGAAUGAACUACACCGCUCCAUCUUCGUUCGUUCCUAUGAGGAUGCUAGCAUUGAUCCUGAAGGGUACAUUGAUUGGGUCGUUGAUGGUGUAAGCCGUCUGUCAAACAAGACUUUCAUGGCCGAGUAUCGCACCUUUGGGCCGGGGUUCAACGUCUCGAGUCGCGCUUCGACUAAUGCAUCAAUUGUCUUGUCAGCCAAGGAAUAUGCGCCGUAUGAUUCUCCUGCGAAGGUUUUCUUGACCCCGGACGGAAAGGCCAACAAUAUCGGCUGGAUUGACUGGCAGGCAUAG